GUCUAUACUGUUUCUUGGUCCAUGAUUAUACAUAUAUUAUUUAAAAAUGGUAAACGUUAUUUGUAUUGUUAAUAGCGCAUGACAAUGUUAUAAGAAGAGCAUAAUUUUUUAAGAAACUAUGGUACUUUCAUCCAGGGCCAGAGUACAAGAUUUUUAUGUAUGUAAUGUAAUAAUUCCAGUGUUUGUUUUUCUACUAGUUUUAUUUACUUUAAUUGUAUUUAAAAGUAUCAUCUGGGCACUAGUCAUAUGUUGUCUCUAUGUAAUAAAUAUCUUUUAUGGACUGGUUAUAUUACAAUAUAUCAACUUGGUACUAGUAAACUUAAAUGCUAUAAGCGAUACUUUUAAUCCUACCUUUGAAGUAAAAGAUCCGUGUAGUGUCUGUACUAACAAUAGUUGCAAAAGGCAUAAGCAAUUACCGCAUUCAGCUAAAGUAAAAAUACCAAAGGACUGUGACCGUGCUUUGGAACAGCUUCUCGAAGACUUGGUACAAAAGUAUGUUUGUGCCUGGUAUUCAGACUUCUCUACGGACGAAGCGUUUGUACAGCAACUUCGUCUGGCUACAGCCACGGCGGCGAAAAACAUUGCGGUACGGUUGCUUCGUACAGACGUGGUUAAUGUCGUCCUUUGUCGAUUGGUACCGUUGAUAUUGCAGCACGCCCAAGAUUGGAAGAACCUGAAUGCGAAAAUAAACGAUAUUUCUCGUUUAGGAGAUCAAGUAAUUAAUUACUUCGGUCACGAAAUUCACCCAGCCAGUUAUUCGCGUAAAGCCGAAUUGAACUAUCUUAGAGGAGUAGUCACUGCAAUUAUCCCACAUUUACUUCCUGCUAUACACGUGUCCACUAACAACAAGGUAAUUCUCCGUGAAAUCCUAGCUAAUUGGAUUCUUCUACCAGCGGUGGAUGCAAUCGCCGAUCCAGAAAACAUUAACGCAUUAGUAAUGCUGUCGACACAUCGGGACGGUUUAGUUUCUAAUUCUAUGGACGCAGUGAACGUACCAAUGUUGCAGUAUUGGGUGACAAUCCCACCGGUGCCAAAGAUUGCACAGAAUUAUUUAAAACCCUCGUUGGACGAGGUGUUAAAUAAUCCUCAAUUGCUGUACAUGUUCAUGCAACAUAUCAAAGAAACCGGCCCUAUGAAUCUCUUUCAAUUCUGCUUAGACAUCGAUGAUCUCAGUAAGCGUAUGUUAAAUCCAGAGAUGAGUUCGAACGCUGAAGAUAGUUUGUACGUUGAUAUACAAAGUAUGUAUUUAACGUACCUGGAUCCAGAGGGUCCCGAGUAUCUACAUCUACCUGAGGAUAUAUCAAUGGGUAUCCGACGAAUUCUUGAGAGAAGUUCAAAGAAAAUUCAGGAGCUGAGGACGUCGCGACCAUUCUAUCAGGCGCAUCAAGAAGCUCAUGCGUUAUUAGAAUCCACUUGUCUGCCAUCUUUUCAUCACAGUUACCAGCUGUAUGAUUUAUUGUGCGGACAGCCAGCUCCUAAUCCCGUGAAGCAAUCUCGUGCGAGCGUUUCCAGUGGAAUCGGAAAUUCUUCUUCAAAAAUCAGCAACCAUUUUCCGAAGAUCGAUGGGGUGCUACGAACAACGACCAUCGAUGGAAUGCCGUUCCAAGACAUCUAUCAAGGCGAAGAGAUAGACUAUUCGUCGCGUGCUUAUAACGAGAUCAAAGGCGCGGAUGAUACUUUUUCCAGAGACCUAACGACAUGGCGAGUGAAUAUUCCACACAUGGAAACAGGUGAUAAUCAAGCCCUGUACGUGAUCGCUGUACACAAUGUCGCCGAAGGGAAAUCAUGGACGGUCUUACGUCGAGAUCAAGACUUCUACGUUCUACGAACACGAUUAGCUGAAUUCCAUGGCGAUAAAGAAUUGAGCGAUUCGCCUUUGCCUUCGCGAAAAAAUCCUCAUGGUUCUUACACCAUAAAUAGACAGAGAUACGAAGACUUUCUUGAGAAGCUUCUUUCAAAGCCGGUACUUAGAAGCAGCGAACUACUGUACAAUUUCUUAACCAUGCCAAAUUUCAAGCCUUACUUUACAAACUGUAGCACACCAGAUAUUGGAAUAUUGUAUCAGAGUAUGGCAAACAAAUUGAGAAAAGAGAAGGGUCAGAAUUUGGACAAAUUCAUGAAUGUCUUCUUGGCAUCCACCAAUGUUAAGAAUGAAUACAUGGAUGUAGGAGUUGAACCCUUAGGUGAACCUAGCGUGAACGAAAGCAAAAAGGUAAAGGGUCGUGAUCUUCUGUUUGGAGUGUUUGGGGACAAUCUUAAUUUCGACCCAAACGUCAGGGAUUUAUCAUCUUCUUCUUCGUUGAAACGUUCUCACGUUAAGGGUGCGUCUUUUUGUACCGUUGACGCAGUGGAUCGGUUAUUAAACGUGCCACCAAUUAUCACACGGAUCCUUUGGAUGUUUGCCUCGUCAUCACGCGCAAAGAUGGAUCCGUAUGUCAACGUUUUGUUGUACAAUACAUUAGCAAAACUUCUAAGCGGAGGACGCGCAGCGAUUGUCGUGAAACUUCUACAUGCAAAAGUAAUGGGCGAUAAAAGUAGCGCCAAGGAUACGAGUCGUAGAAAUUAUUAUGAAAAUGCGAAGAAGGGUUUGUACGGUUUAUUACCCUGUUGGUUGAUAGGAUUUUAUAAACCUUGGACCGAGUUGAUGGAUUCUAUUUUAGAUUCGUUACAAAACGCGCCUCUCAAUAAACAUCUCGCUUAUGUACUUCUAGAUCACAUUUUGAUCAAUCUAUUUCCUGAGCUUACAGUUUAAUAGAAGAAAGAUCAUAGAAUAAUAUUUCAUUUUUAUUACACACACUUGUUUGUUUUUAAAAUUACAUAGUAUACAUGUCACUUCAAUGAGAUAAA